GGUCUCUGUUUUCCCCCCUUUUUAAACCUUCACUCCACACCUUCAUUCAGAGAUAAACACAAACACCUUCUGUGCAAUCUUCAGCUUCUUCCAAACCAAGCUCCGGCUAUGGCGGCAGGACUCUCCGCCACCAUAACCGUGAAGCCCCUCUUCCGCCGCCACCAUCAACCACCGUCGUUCCCCCUCCUCCUCAACCCACCUCCAGCACUCUCCUUCUCCUCCUCCCCCUUGCGAUGUUUCCAUCACAGCUCAACCCCUCGCACCCGAAGAAUGACUACGAGCUUCACCGUCUGUGUCCUCAUGGAGGAUCCAAAACGCAGCACCCCCAUGGAAACCGAUGCGGUAGAACAAGGACAAGAACAAAGACCUUCUCCUACUCAAGUCGUGUCUGCGAAAUUGGCGGAGAAAUUGGCUAGGAAGAAAUCAGAGAGGUUCACGUAUCUCGUUGCAGCUGUGAUGUCUAGCUUUGGAAUCACAUCCAUGGCGGUUUUGGCUGUUUAUUAUAGAUUCUCAUGGCAAAUGGAGGGUGGAGAAGUUUCUUGGUCUGAAAUGUUUGGUACAUUUGCUCUAUCAGUGGGUGCUGCUGUGGGUAUGGAGUUUUGGGCUAGAUGGGCUCACAAGGCUCUUUGGCAUGCUUCCUUGUGGCACAUGCAUGAGUCCCACCAUAAACCAAGAGAAGGACCCUUCGAGAUGAACGAUGUUUUUGCAAUAAUCAACGCUGUCCCUGCCAUCGCUCUCCUAUCCUAUGGUUUCUUUCACAAAGGACUAGUCCCUGGCCUCUGCUUCGGUGCGGGUCUUGGAAUUACUGUCUUUGGGAUGGCCUACAUGUUUGUUCAUGAUGGUUUGGUUCAUAGGAGAUUCCCAGUGGGCCCCAUUGCCGAUGUGCCCUACUUCAGAAGGGUAGCUGCUGCUCACAAACUUCACCAUUCAGACAAGUUCAGUGGGGUGCCAUAUGGGCUGUUUUUGGGACCAAAGGAACUUGAAGAGGUGGGAGGUCUAGAAGAGCUGGAGAAAGAGAUAAAUAGGAGGAUAAGAUCAUACAAUAAUAGUUCAUGACAAAAGCAAAUACUAAUCUAGAGUUGUCUCACAAGCAGAGUUAUCAGUGUAAAGAAAUAUUGAAUGAUAUGAAAAGUUUUGCUUGCAUUUAUACAGUAACUAGUUAUAGCAGGGCGCAUGAGAAAAUAGAUGUAAAAUAACAGUAAUAAACAGAAGGUUGUGCAAGAUAUAAUUGGUGCCUUCUGUUUUUGGCUUUAGCUAUGAGAAAUGGGAGAAAGUACCCAUGUUGCAUUCCCUCAUGCCCCUAGUGGGAAGGGGUCAGUCAGCUAACUUCCAUUUGCUCACAGUUGGUUGGUCCCUCCUGUGGGGCAUUUAGCUAUGUAUGCCACUCAAGGAGGGAAGGGCCUUGGUGACACCACCAAUACAAACCCCUAAAAUGCAGGGUAGGGUUUUCUUGGACUGAAAGUACACAAUCUCAGUGUGAAUAAUAAUAUCAUAAGGCUGAAAUUAUUUGUCUUCUUA